AGCUUGUCCCACUCUCAUCUGUGGGCGAUACAAUGGCGCCAAAGGGCAAGAAGGUGGCCCCCACGCCGGCCGCCGCGAAGAAGGCGGCUGCCCCUGCCAAACAGACCAACCCGCUCUAUGAGAAGCGCAGCAAAUCCUUCGGCCUGGGCGGUGCGCCCAAGCCGAAGCGGGACCUGCAUCGCUUCGUGAAGUGGCCGCAGUACGUGCGCCUGCAGCGGCAGAAGCGCGUGUUGUCCAUGCGUCUCAAGGUGCCGCCGGUUAUCAACCAGUUCGUCACCCGUGCCCUGGACAAGAACGCGGCGGAGACCCUGUUCAAGCUGCUGAUGAAGUACCGUCCAGAGGACAAGAAGCAGAAGGCCGAGCGUCUUAAGGCGGAGGCCGCUGCUCGUGAGGCUGGCAAGGAGCCUGAGAAGAAGAAGCCCGUUGUCGUCAAGUACGGUUUGAACCACAUCACUACCCUGGUGGAGUCUGGCAAGGCGCAGAUGGUGGUGAUCGCCCAUGAUGUGGACCCUAUUGAGCUGGUGUGCUGGCUUCCUGCCCUUUGCAAGAAGAUGGGCGUCCCCUACGCCAUCGUGAAGGGCAAAGCCCGCCUGGGCACGGUGGUCCACAAGAAGACCGCUACGGCCCUGGCAUUGACGUCGGUGAAGAACGAGGACCAGCGCGAGUUCGCCAAGCUGGUGGAAAGCUUCAAGAACCAGUACAACGAGGGCCCGCGCGUCAACUGGGGCGGGCACAUCUUGGGCAUGAAGAGCAUGCACAAGCAGAAGAAGCGGGAGCGCGCUAUUGCCAAGGAGCUGGCGCAGCGUGCGGCGGCUUAAACAUCGCCCAACUAGAUGGGGUUGUCCUCGCCCGUCAGAUGGGGUUGUGCCGUGCAGCAUGUGGCCCUUGCGGUUGCGGCUCUGUGGGUGUAAAGUGCCGAGAAAGAAGCCUCUCUUCUCCUUCCUUCUAGUCCAGAAUAAUUACAGUGACGCGGUUCUAGGGGUAAAGAGUUGGAAUUUAUGAUGGUUUCCCUAGCGGUCCUAUAAAACAAAAUGCGCAGGGAAACCGCACGUCAUUUCUCCCAAAGAAUGUCUAUGUGCCGGCCCAAAUGGAAAUACGGCGAUUUGCCUGCUG